CAGCCAGCAGCAACAUGGAGCAGGAGGCAGCAGCAGGUCCUGCGAAGAAAAGCGGCACCACCCUCUCCGUGGAUCGGGCCGCCUUCCUUCUGCUGCGCGUCAGGAAAGUGUUCAAGAAGAAGCGACAGCAGCGCAAGGAGCGACAAGCCCAGCAAAGUGCCGCCGCAGCGGCGGGUGGUGCGGGUGGCGCCGGUGGUGCGGGUGGUGGCGGUGGCUGUGGGUCACAAUCGCGACCAGGCAGCCGGAAGUUGCCGCCGCCAUUGUUACGGUCGCGCACACUGCCCGCCAUUAUUGUGCCAGGACUUCCGGUCGUCUCGCUGCACACGGAUAAGCAAACAUUUCAGUUGGACGAGCGUUUGCUGGGCAGCAAAAGCCGCAGUGGCAGCGCCAGUGGCCAUCGUUGGUCGCUGCUCACACGUGCCACCAACAACAGCAACAUGUGCAGCAGCAACAACAAUCCAGCCAGCAGCAACAACAACAACAAUUCACAUUUGGCCAACAACAACAACACACUGAUGGUGAAAUCAUUGAAUUUGCCCAAAGACGAUAGCAAUUUGGUCUAUCGCCGAAAGUCCUCGGGCAGCACGCCGCACCAACAUCAGAAUUCGCACCAUCAUCACCAGCAGCAGCAGCAGCAGUUGCAUCAGCAUCAGCAUCAGCAGCAGCAUCAGCAUCAGCAGCAACUGCAGCAGCAGCAGAUGCUGCAGCACCUGGGGGACAGCUCGCUGUUCCAGCUCUCCGAUGAUUUCGAGUGCCACGCGGAUGGCUCCCUGCUCCUCAGGAUUCCGGCUCCUCAUGUGGUGGCCGCACGAGCCUAUCGCCUGGCAGCUCGAAAGCGGGCAGCCGCCUCCUCGGAAGCCUCCACUCCAAUGGCCAGGGAGCACACACUCCACGAGAUGCCGCUGGCGGAGUCAGCUAGCUCCGGAUCUGGAUCUGGAUGUGGCUCUGGUUCUGCAUCUGGCUCGAGCACGACCUUCACGCGUCUGGCCAAAUUGCUGCAUCAAUCAAGCACGCUGGCAGGCAGGUCCAAUCUGCAGCCACCGCCCAUGGCUGACAAUGCGGUCCAGAGUCUGGGCAGAGGAUUGGGUCUGGGACUUGGCGAGGAGGCGCCACGUCGUCUGUCCUGGGAGAGGCGCAAGGACAGCAGCGCCUUGCAGCGCUCGGCCAGCAUUGAUUCCUUUGCCGAGAUUGUGUUUAGUGAGUCGCCACGCCCCUCGCUGGCAGUGACGGGACCUGGUGCCUCGGCCUCCGCAUCUGGCGGCCCCUCGCCAUUCAGCAAACGUCCUUCGGCCAGCAGCCUGUACUCCACCUCAACGUCCAGCUCCUUCGCCUCGCAGGUGCAGGCCCAGCUGAAUGUCAAUUACGGUGACUCGACACUGGGAUCCGGAUCAGCAACGGGUGGACCGGGCUCGGUUCACCAUGGGGCAUCUGGUGGCGGCAAUGGGGGCAGCAGCGCCAGCAGCAGUCGACGCGAGAGCAUGCUCAGCCCCUCAUCCACGCGCCGCUCCAAGCUGACCAGAAUCAUAAACGCUCUGUUCUCGGCAGUGGAGCAUGGCCACCUGGAGAAGGCGCGCACUAUUCUGGAGUCCACCGACGUAGAUGUGAACAGCAUCAAUAACGAUGGCCUAUCUGCUUUGGACUUGGCGGUGUUGAGCAAUAACCGCUCCAUGACCAGGAUGCUGCUUCAGCACGGCGCAGUGGAGGGCUCUCAGUUUUCUGUGGACACCAUUGGCACCAAGCUGAACGGCUUGCUCAAGGACGCCGAGUCGAGAAUUCACGAUCUAAGUGGUCCGGAGGGUCUCUGCCCGCCGGUGUUUGCAUCGCGUCCCUCCAUCUCGAGCAUCAUAAUUGGCAAUUCAAGCGCAUCGGUAACUGGCUGCACGGGUAGCGAGGUGGAGAAACAGAUAGGCAUCUGGGAGCGCCGUGUUAAGGGACUGCGGCGCCUGCAGCUCGGUUGGGAUCAGGCCAGGCCGCCAGAUGCACCCGCCUCCGUGGUCGUCGACGUCACUGGCGACAAUUCCAUCAGCGUCCAAAUCCUAGAGCCCUUCGAGGGAGCCAUCGGUACGAAAUUCAAAGUACAAUGGUCAACCCGCGCGGAUUUCAACAACGUUGUGGGCGAGAGUGAGCUGCUGGAGUGGAUCAGCUUCCACGGCACGAUGGGCGCCCAGUGUCACAUAUCGGGCCUCACCCAGGGUCGUCGCUACUUCCUGCGAGCCGCGUGCGGCAAUGUGAAGGGAUGGGGAGCCUAUCGAACCUCUGUGCCGGCUAGCGUGGUGCCCUCAACUUGGCGGGAUUUAGACAAUCGAGAGGACCGAUUCGUGGGUCGUCACCGAAUCCUGGACAAUCUAUUUACCGCCGUGCGAUUGGCAAGACCCGCCGACGUAUCCGAGUUGACUUUGGAUCCCGCGAGCGCCCAACGACGCAAUCCCAAAAAGAAGACUACCAUAAAGCAGUUGUUCUCGGUGACCACCAAGUUCCAAAAGACACUAAGACGCGGCAUUUACUUCUCUUGUAUUAUUCAUUGCGAUGAUAAAGUACUGGUCACCAGCGAAGACUUUCCACCGGUCAUCGAGGUGGAUGAAUCCUAUCCCAGUGCUCUGCACAUGGAUUACUACUGGCUCAUGAAAGUGGCCUGCACUUGGGAGGAUGUUAAGUCCCUACGUUCCGAUAUGGAGCGCAAUCUUACCUCCGCUGUUCACUUCCGCACCAAGCUUCUAUCAGCCGUCUGUCAGAUGCAAUCGGCCCUGGGCAUAACGGAUUUGGGCCAGCUUUACUAUAAACCACUGCGGGAUGCUCAGGGCACUGUGGUCCUAACCUGUGUGCAAUCUGUUAAGAGCCAAAAGGCCGUCUCCAUUCUAAACUCUAGAUGGGUGCCAGUCAGCAAGCUGCAAAAGAAGCUAGGAGCUCUACACGAGGACUACACUAUUAACGAGCUGCUCAUCUCCUCGAUUGGAGAUCAAUUGCACUAUCAACAGGCGGCGCUGCAGCGUUUGGAGCCCGGUCUUUACCUGGGCUACCUAAAGAUGCAAUGCUCCAUGGACCAGAUUCAGGUGGUAGUGCCCGUGAAAACGCCGAAUGUGUUGCCCCACUGCAAGGUGCGCGAAAACAGCCACAUAACGGCCGAGGAGUGGCAAGUGCUUCAUCGUUGCAGUAGCGAUCCGCUACGCCUGCCGUUGGACUUCAGCGCUCAAGGAGGAGAUGGAGCAUCCGGUGGAACAGCAACUACGGAGGUGCAGCGCCUAUUUUUAUACGAUCUCACCAAUGCAAUGCACAAACUAUUUGCCAGCAUGAACAUCAAAAUCGCUGAUGCAACCACCCACCGACUGUAUGAUGUCGAGGUGAUUGAGCACAGUCCAGACAUUAGUUUCCUCGUGGUGUGUCCAUCCGCCGAGUCCUCAUGCGCUGUGCCCGGCCAGUCUGAGUUACUGCUCCAGAGGGAUGACUUGGCCAGUUUGAGUAUCCAGGCCUUUGAGAUGAUUCACCUGCGCACUUAUCAGCCGGCCAUCAUUCAGAAAUACGCCCGUUUAUCUUGCAUCCUUGAAUUGGAUACUGCACUGGCCACACAUUCGCUACGCGAGGCAUUCUCCAGCAGCGAACUGCAGGCGGCCAAGGAACGCUUGGCUACGCUGCAGGAGCUCAGUGCGAGUCUUACAAUUGUGUGGAAAAGUGUACGAUGGCUAAUGGAUGUGGUGGCAUAUGCGCGGAAUAAAAACGCCCAACCCUCGUUGGCUAUGCGAGAGAUUCUGGAUUUUGCACAGCAAAGACAGGAUGAAUCGGUAGCAACAUCGGCUGGAGGUUCCGCAAACAAACAGCUACUGCAGCUGCCCAUCCGCGAGAGCAAGUUCUCCAAGACGGGCCAGGGAAGAGGCAGUUGGCCGGGUCCGGGAACUAGUGAAGAUCAAUCGCAGAACAAGCCGGAGCACUCCAAGUCUGAACAGAAUCUGGAACUGAGUGCUAUCACGCCAGUGGAACCUGCGACCAAACAAGUUCCUACACAGCAGCAGCCGCAGCAGCAAACGCAACAACAGCAACUCUUACAAGUUUCCAACAUCAGCGAAUAUGCGGGCUCGAUUUGCUCUGAAGUAUCAUUUAGGAAGAACAGUGGCGACUCCAUGAGCUCUACCUACACGUCCCGGAGCUUCUACUCUGCCGUGGAUUCAGCCUCAGAUGGAAAUAGCACAAACAGUGUGUUUGCCAUUCCGCCUUCUCGUUCCGAUGACACUCUGGCGGAUGCACUGCGACACUCGCAAGCGGUGGCUGCGCAACGCAAACGAACCAGCUCUAACAUCGCUUCUCAUACCAAUCCCUUGAUUACGGUGCACAGCUCUAACUCGGCUCCAUACCUGGCGGGGUCCAGUGUGUCCCUGAGAAGCGGCAACGGAGCCUUCGCAACGGAUUUGGAGCACAAACCUCUGAAGCCAGCGACUAAAGCAGCAUCGAGUGCAAACCUGCGCGAGGGUGGACCCUAUUUGAAAAGCACGCUAGCUGAACUACGAGCUGUGGGUGGCGAGGAGCCGGUAGCCAGUACUUCGAAGGCCUCAUCGAUGAAGAGCUUGUCACGGCAGAGCAGCGAAGAGGAUUCGGCCAGCUGUUCCAGUCUCAAUGCAGAACAAACAUCGGGGAUUAUUCAAGUCUAUACCGCCUACAGUACGGGUCUGGCCAGUGGAACCAGCUUAAAGAUUCACGUAACACCAAAGACGACGGCCCGCGAAGUAAUCAACCUGGUGGUGAAGCAACUCAACAUGGCCGUCGUUCUCAAGGGGAACAAUGGCCCCAUCUAUGGACCCGAGAUGCUAGAGAACUUUUGCCUGGUGGCAGUGAUUGGAGCAAGAGAACGCUGUCUGCGCGAUGACUUCAAGCCGCUACAACUGCAGAAUCCGUGGAAGAAAGGUCGUUUGUACGUUCGGAAGAAGCAUGAGUUGCUGGCGGCCAUCGAACACUCCAAUCGGAAAUCGCAUUUGAUUUGAGCAAUCGGACUCAAAUCUCACUGGAAUGGGAGAAGCAUCGAAGGAAUGAAACACGCUAUAGCGUUAGCGGCGACAAGAAGAUCUGUAGAGAUUUAAAAACUUAAGAUAUAGGUGCCCGAAAGUAGGCAAACGUAAUUUGUUUCACACACCUUUGAUUUUGUUUUUGAAACUUUUGAGAUUUUUCGGCUAGCCGGUAUUAUCGUAUUAGCCGUUACGAUUCUUGUUAAAUUUAGUUAUGCUUUUGUUUUUGGGUUCAUCCAAUCACCCACCAUUUCCAACUCCUUCCACCCUCUCCAGGGCAAUGAUCAUUGACCAAUUCCAGAAUUAGACUGAAUUACUUAUGUAUGCUGCAAUGGCAAACUGAUGAAAUUGUAAUUGAAAUGGUAUUAUAUUUUCAGUAGUUAUACAUUCAACAUUACCCAGGCAAACACACACACGAAUCGGAAUUAACGAAAAAAAGAUUGUUGUUAGUUGUUCUAGAGUAUUGAAGGUUACGCCCGUACAUAAGUAGUAUGUAUGAAUGUUAUAUAAAUAUUAUGCGUGCAUCAAUGUAUUUUAUUGUAUGUAUUGUAGUUUAGUAAACAAAUGUUUUGAUUGUAUUUUUGUGGCAUUUUUUAGGGGCACAUUUUUUGAUCUAAAUGUUAAAUCGGUAAAUCGGUUAAUACGGAACACAAAACCAAAUCAAAUCGAUGGCGAAACUUAAAGAACAGAUGUCAAUACGCAUUUUAAGUGUCACUCUUGAUGUCUUUCAUGUGUGUGUGUUCUUGAAAAUUGCAAUUCCAUCGGAUUAAACAAAUAAUUUAGCUGUAAUCAAUUGCUUAGUAUGUACAAAAAAUCACCGCAACAAAUAUGAUAACAAAACCGGAAGAUAUUUUUUAAAAAUAUAUUGGCACAACUGAAUGUUGAAAAAAAAAUUAUAGGCAACUGCAAAUUAAAACUCCAAUGUUUGUAUUUCUUAAUUGUAACAAUGAUAUUUCCAAGCCCGAACCCAAUCUACUCCACUCAGCAAUUGGCUCGCCGAGAUUCCUAUACUUGAUCAUCCUAUUUCCCUAAUCCAUUUCCACAAUCAAAUCUAACUGUUGGCCCCACUUAGAAACAGUACUAUUAACGUGGCUAUCUCAAUGUGCAAAGUCGUAUGUGUCUAUAAAUAACUACUCUACUCUGUACUCUCUCAAUAGGAAAUACCAUAAGUAAAUUAGAUGAAAUUCUUCAGAUACGCGUAUAUUGUUGUGAACCGGUAGACAAAGAAGCAGUUUCAUUGUCAAGCUCAUAAUGUCCCAAUUAACUUGAACUUAUUUCCAUUGGACGACAAGUCGAAUUUAGAUUGGAGUCGCAGGUCGUGAACAGUAUACAUUUUGAAUCUUAUGAGAAACUAGACAAGAACACUUACUUUAAAAGAAUGUGCAACACAGAGUCCAUAACACAGAUAUCGAACUAUUUAUGAUGUCUACGACCAACAAACGAUUUUUGUACGUUUUUUUCUUGUUUUUGAGAUGGCGUCGAGGGGCGAUUUUGAUACAUUUUUUACUCUAUGGUUUACCAGUCCUAGGGCUCGACAAACAGCAACGAACGUAGUUAAGUUCUGACCACAAAAGAUACCCAAGAUAUUGACCUGACCCCCUUGCGUUCACAGCCCGGUUUCAGAUGCCUCGAUUCGAUUUGAAUCGAAUGGUCCCCAGAAUGGUCGAACGAACAACAACGAAUGUAAACAAGUUCCAAACUGAGUGGCCAGUUUCAGUUUGUUAAUUCGGAAUGCCAAUUAAACGAUUUCAAUUGUCAGAGCGUCCGUCCCCAAAAAUAAAAAAAGAGCGUUUGAUUUCCGAAUGGAGCGAAAUUAUACAGAGUAUUAUUUUGAAUUGAGAUUCAGUGAGAUUAGUUUUUACGAUGCAAUCUAAUUGUAGAUGUAGCUAAUUGUUAAUGGCCCACAAAAAUGCGAAAUGUAAAUGUAACCAAAAGCAUUGAACGAGUCUUUCCGCAUAUGAACAUGAAUAAUACAUCAGCGUAGAUAAUUCCUGCAAUUAGAUAUAUCUAUAGAAGAUGAAACUUAUCAAGUGUAACUCAUUAUCGACUACCUGUGUACAUUUAUCGAGUGUUAAUGGCCCUAAAUAUUUACGAUGCACUCCGAAUAUGGAGCUACAAGUGCGGGCAACUAGCUAUGGUAAGGAUAAUGUGUGGGUACGAAGCAUUCAAAGAAUAUUUAAUUAACUUAAUAAAGACUCAACAAUUGUUAUGGUGUAAUC